CUUAGCUUGGCUUUUCUCCUUCCUUAUUUGUGCGCUGAUUAACGAGCUCAUUGCCUGGUCUGGUCACUCAAUCAGGUCUUUUCAUUCUUCAUCUCGAAUCUCCAGUCUUGUCAAUUAAGAAGACCAUUUUCCGUGUCUGAUUGCCAACUUUGCUUGCGGACCUGAAUCAACACAAGUCAAACACCGCAACGACCCCGCCAUUAACCACAUUAUUUACACCAUUCAACUGCCACCCAAGUACCCCUUACAGUACUCUUCGGCUUUGACUGGCACUUCAUGACAAUGGCAUCAGCUGUGGCUUCUGAUCGGGACAUUCUGCCCAACAAUGUAAAGCCGGUCAAUUAUGAUCUGUCAUUGUAUGACAUCGAGCUUGGAGGAGCAUUUAGCUACCAGGGCACUGUCUCCAUCCUAGCAAAGGUGGUCAAGAGCUCAAGGGAAAUUACCCUAAAUGCUCACCAGCUGAAGAUCCAUGGCGUGGAGGUAUCGUUAGAACAUACCAAGACCCAGCAGACAUUCGUGUCGACCGGCAUCUCAUACGAUGCUCCUAGACAGCGAGCUACAAUCUCCUUUGGAGAGGAUCUCCCAACUUCUGAGAAAGCACUCAUCGUCAUCAAGUUCCAGGGCACUGUCAACAACGAUAUGGCGGGCUUUUACAGAUCAAAGUACACGCCAGCGACGACACCAGCUGCGUCAGUUCCGAAAGAUGGAGACAGUCAUGUCAUGUUCUCAACCCAAUUCGAAAGUUGCGAUGCCCGAAGGGCAUUCCCCUGUUUCGAUGAACCCAACCUGAAGGCAACCUUUGAUGUGGAAAUCGAGCUUCCGGAUGACCAAGUAGCGCUUUCGAACAUGCCCGAGAAGGAGGUAAGGAAGUCCAAAGAUGGGUUUAAGAUUGUGUCCUUUGAGAAGACGCCCGUCAUGAGCACUUACCUCUUGGCGUGGGCCGUAGGAGAUUUUGAGUACAUCGAAGAUUUCACCAAGCGCAAAUUCAACGGCAAGAAUCUCCCGGUUCGCGUCUACACUACGAGAGGCUUGAAGACCCAGGCUCAAUACGCUCUUGAUCACACUCCUCAAAUCAUCGAUUACUACUCUGAGAUUUUUGGCAUCGACUAUCCGCUACCAAAGUGUGAUCUUCUUGCUGUUCAUGAAUUUUCUCACGGAGCGAUGGAAAACUGGGGACUAAUAACGUACCGGACUACGGCAGUUUUAUUUGAUGAAAAGACGUCUGAUGCGAAAUUCAAAAACAGAAUUGCGUACGUCGUCGCUCACGAGCUGGCUCAUCAAUGGUUUGGAGACUUGGUAACCAUGGAUUGGUGGAAUGAGCUCUGGCUUAAUGAGGGCUUCGCAACUUGGUUGGGCUGGCUCGUCACCGAUCACAUUCAUCCAGAUUGGCACGUCUGGCCUCAAUUUGUAUCUGAAGGAAUGCAAGGGGCAUUCGGCCUAGACUCGCUGCGUAGUUCUCAUCCGAUUGACGUCCCUGUCAAAGAUGCUCUUGAUGUAGAUCAAGUAUUUGAUCAGAUCAGUUACCUCAAAGGCUGCUCUAUUAUUCGCAUGUUGGCUGCUCAUCUCGGGCAAGAUGUUUUCCUCAAGGGCGUCGGAGAUUAUCUCAGAACUCAUGCUUUCGGUAACGCCACAACUAAUGAUCUUUGGUCUGCUGUUGGUAAGGCAUCCGGUCAGGAUAUUCGAGCAUUGAUCGAUCCUUGGAUUUUGAGAAUUGGGUUUCCAGUUGUGACUAUAGCAGAGGAACCCGGCCAAAUUGGACUCAAGCAGAAUCGAUACUUGUCCACUGGAGACGUCACCAGUGAGGACGAUAGCACUACUUGGUGGGUACCCCUGAGAUUAGAAGGUAAGGUGGGAAGCAAAGAUGUUACUCCAUUGAAUUUCAAUAAGAAAGAGGACAUCGUUCGGGAUGUCGAUGAAUCAUUCUACAAGAUCAAUAAGGACACCACUGGAUUCUAUCGCACCAACUAUCCUCCAACUCGCCUGGCCGCCCUGGGCGGUCAGAUCAAGAGAUUAAGCCUCUCAGACAAGAUCGGAUUGGUUGCUGAUUCUGGAGCCCUUGCAUAUUCUGGUGAAGGUUCUACUCCAGGACUUUUGUCGUUCGUCGAGGGCUUUCAAUCCGAGACUAAUUCCCUGGUCUGGUCUCAGAUUCUUGGUUCACUUUCGACCGUAAAGUCUGUAUUUGCAGAUGAUGAGGCAAUCACGCUUGGCUUAAAGAAGUUUAUCCUCAAACUUGUCACACCCGCAGUCGAGAGAAUCGGCUGGGAGUCAUCGGCUAGUGAUGACUUCCUUACUGGCCAGGUUCGCGCUCUGUUAAUCAUCACAGCAGGUUUGAACGGCCAUGAGAAGGUGAUUGCGGAAGCCAAGCGGAGAUUCGAUCUCUAUGUAUCUGGCGCAGACAAGUCUGCCAUCCACCCCAAUCUCCGAGCAGCUGUUUACGCAUUGGUGGUUCGUUAUGGUGGUAAAUCUGAGUUUGACUUUCUAAAGAAGGAAUGGUUUUCAACCACCUCGAUUGAUGGCCGCGAAACCAUCGUUCGAGAACUUGGUCACAUCCAGAAUCUGGCUCUUCUCCCCGAAUACCUGACAUUACUCUUCAAUGAUGUGGCAACCCAGGACAUGCACACAGGAGCUAUUGCGCUUGCGGCAAACCCAAAUACCAGACCCGGCCUGUGGAAGUACUUCCAAGAGAACUUCGAAUCCAUCAAGGAUCGCCUUGGGAAGAACAUGGUGGUUCUUGACCGGUUCAUUCUUUGCUGCUUGAACAAGUUUAGCGAAAGGGAUACGGAGAAGGAAAUUGCCCAGUUCUUUGAUGGCAGAGAUAACAGAGGAUAUGACCGUACUCUGGCGAUUGUUAGUGACACAAUUCUCGGGAGGGCCACGUACAAGGACCGUGAUGGAAAGGUCAUUUUGGAGUGGCUUAAGGUUCAUGGAUAUGCUUGAAAGUUGGGAGGUAUUGGUCAUGGAACGGAUCCCCGCUCUCCGCACUGUGGCUUUCACCGAUAAUCUACAAAUAUUUCCGUCUAUCUUUUGACGUACCCGUUUGAACACUACCUUAAUAUGCUAAGUCUGCAAGCAUACACAAUUAUAAAUCAAACUUCAAGUAAAAAAAGUAUAUAGAUCAUCUACGUGUCUGUGAGGAUGGUGUGGAUAUUUUCGAAAGUGUGCUGGUGCUCUAAGACGGAUUGCAAGAGUUUAAACUCAAAGCUAUUGGAGCGGAUGCAAUCCUGUAUGCAUCCGAAUAAAAGGUUCUCUCAGUCACUCAGAAAGGCUCUAAGACACCCUGGUUACUUCUAUUCUUCCAAGAAUUAUUUGCUUCUUGUUUGCAGUCGACCCACCUUUGGCUGUUUACUAAACAUUUCACCAGGAAGCGCAAAUCACCUCGACGUCAAGAAUCUACCUGCUAUUGCACUUGCUUGAAUAACUAUGCACUUGGAUUCCCGCUAUUUUACAACCGAUCCUCAACGCCUUUCGGCGAAAUGC